UUUACCUCCUUGUUUUAAAGGCUAUCAGCAUAUCCGCAUGUACGACCUGAACUCUAACAACCCAAACCCAGUGAUCAACUAUGACGGAGUCAGCAAGAACAUAACGUCUGUGGGUUUUCAUGAGGACGGACGGUGGAUGUACACAGGAGGGGAGGACUGCAUGGCUCGCAUUUGGGACCUGAGGUCAAGAAACCUUCAGUGUCAAAGGAUCUUUCAGGUGAACGCUCCGAUCAACUGUGUGUGUCUGCAUCCCAACCAGGCUGAGUUGAUUGUUGGAGACCAAAGUGGCGUCAUUCAUGUCUGGGAUCUGAAAACAGAUCACAACGAGCAGCUGAUUCCAGAACCAGAGGUUUCGGUUAAUUCUGUUCACAUUGACCCGGACGCCAGUUACAUGGCUGCAGUCAACAGCUCGGGUAACUGUUACGUUUGGAACCUCGCUGGAGGCAUGGGAGAUGAAGUGACCCAGCUUAUUCCCAAGACUAAAAUCCCAGCACACAAGCGUUACUCGCUGCGCUGCAAGUUCAGCCCUGACUCCACACUACUGGCUACCUGCUCCGCAGACCAGACCUGUAAGAUCUGGAGGACGUCCAAUUUCUCCCUCAUGACUGAGCUGAGCAUCAAGAGCAACAAUCCAGGAGAGACGUCGAGGGGCUGGAUGUGGGAUUGUGCUUUCUCAGGAGACUCCCAGUACAUAGUUACCGCGUCUUCAGACAACCUGGCCCGGCUGUGGUGUGUGGAGACCGGCGAGAUCAAGAGGGAGUACAGCGGCCACCAGAAAGCCGUGGUGUGUCUGGCCUUCAACGACAGCGUGCUGGGCUGAGGAGGAAGAGGAUGAUUUGAAGGUUUCCAUGAAGGAAACGGUGUUUCCGCCUGCAGCAGGACGAGGUGCAAACGUUCCAAGCUCAGCCAAGUCAGUCAGCUGCGCAGGAAGCAUUUUACCGAGGAGCAUUAGAUUAAAAGGGGCUGAAUACACACAACCUUUAGAUGCUUUUGUAAAAAAUUUGAAACUAUUUAUCAUUUUAUUUUACAGUUAAGUCCAAGAUAGUAAAUUAAAGUCUGUCUCUAAGGUAAUAAAAUGUUGAACAUUGGAAUUAAUUUCCUGUUCUUUAUGUGCAGCUAAGAUCUAAUAACUCUGUACUGCUC